AUGGAGCAGGGACUGCCGGCCCGGAAGGCGGCGAUGGCUCCGCUGCUGGAGUACGAGCGGCAGCUGGUGCUGGAGCUGCUCCACAGCGACGGGCUGGUGGUGUGCGCCCGCGGGCUCGGCGCGGACCGGCUGCUCUACCACUUCCUGCGGCUGCACUGCCACCCGGCGUGCCUGGUGCUGGUGCUGAACACGCAGCCCGCCGAGGAGGAAUAUUUUAUUAGUCAGCUGAAGCUGGACGGAGUUGACCACCUCCCUCGACGUGUAACUAAUGAAAUUGCAAGUAACAGUCGCUAUGAAGUGUACACACAAGGGGGUGUUAUAUUUGCAACAAGCCGAAUACUUGUGGUUGAUUUCUUAACCAACAGGAUACCAUCAGAUUUAAUUACUGGCAUCUUGGUAUAUCGAGCACACAGAAUAAUAGAGUCUUGUCAAGAAGCAUUCAUCUUGCGCCUCUUUCGACAGAAAAACAAGCGUGGCUUCAUUAAAGCCUUCACGGACAACGCAGUUGCCUUUGACACGGGCUUUUGUCAUGUGGAAAGAGUAAUGAGGAAUCUUUUCGUAAGGAAGCUGUAUCUGUGGCCAAGGUUCCAUGUAGCAGUCAACUCCUUUUUAGACCAGCACAAACCCGAAGUUGUGGAAAUUCAUGUUUCUAUGACGCCUGCCAUGCUUGCCAUACAAACUGCUGUGCUGGACAUUUUAAAUGCUUGUCUCAAGGAACUGAAGGGUCACAAUCCAUCGCUUGAAGUAGAAGACUUGUCUUUAGAAAAUGCCAUCGGAAAACCUUUUGAAAAGACAAUCCGCCACUACUUGGAUCCUUUGUGGCACCAGCUUGGAGCCAAAACAAAGUCCUUGGUUCAAGACUUGAAGAUAUUGCGGACUUUGCUGCAAUAUCUCUGUCAGUAUGAUUGCGUCACAUUUCUUAACCUUCUGGAGUCUUUGAGAGCAUCUGAAAAGGCUUUCGGUCAGAAUUCAGGUUGGCUGUUUCUUGACUCCAGUACCUCAAUGUUUGUAAAUGCUCGAGCAAGGGUUUAUCAUGUUCCCGAUGCCAAAAUGAGUAAAAAAAGUAAAAGGUCUGAGAAAACGGAGGUUAAAGAAGGGCAAGAAACAAAAAAGGAGCUGGUUCUUGAAAGCAACCCUAAGUGGGAAGCCCUAUCAGAAGUACUGAAAGAAAUUGAGGCAGAAAAUAAGGAGAGUGAAGCACUUGGUGGUCCAGGUCAAGUGCUGAUUUGUGCGAGUGAUGACCGGACGUGUAUCCAGCUGCGAGAAUACAUCACCAGUGGAGCAGAGGCGUUUUUAUUGGCGCUCUACAGGAAAACCUUUGAAAAGGACAGCAAGGCUGAAGAAGUGUGGAUGAAAUUCAGGAAGGAGGACCGCUCAAGGAGAGCGAUGAGAGCUAACAAAAGACCCAAAGGCCACCCAAGUCUGGAGAGGGCUUCUGGCAAAGGAAGGCCUCUCAAAAGGCAAAAGCAAAGGCUGACUUUACCCCAGAUGAUGGGGCACCCUGAAGAACUGGAAGGCCAAGGGGAGGCAGAGGACGAUGAUCAGAGAGCAAGAAGCAGUAGCCCAGAGAGCAGCUCAGAGGAAAUUAAGCACGAAGAAUGUGACGCCAAUGUGUCCUCAGAUGCUGCCUAUGGAAUUCUUAAAGAACCGCUCACGAUCCUCCACCCGCUUCUAGGGUGUAGUGACCCGUAUGCCCUGACGAGGGUACUCCAUGAAGUGGAACCCAGAUACGUGGUACUGUAUGAUGCCGAUCUGACCUUCGUUCGCCAGCUGGAAAUCUACAGGGCCAGCAGGCCUGGGAAGCCUCUGAGGGUUUAUUUUCUCAUAUACGGAGGCUCGACCGAGGAGCAACGCUAUCUCACUGCUUUGCGGAAGGAAAAGGAAGCUUUUGAAAAACUCAUCAGAGAAAAGGCUAGCAUGGUUAUCCCUGAAGAAAGAGAAGGCAGAGAUGAAACCAACCUAGACUUAGCAAGAGGCAGCACAUCCACAGAUGUUCCCCGAGACACUCGGAAAGCAGGUGGCCAGGAAGAGAGCAGUCCUCAGCGAAGUAUAGUGGUGGAUAUGCGGGAGUUCCGGAGUGAGCUGCCGUCGCUGCUCCAUCGUCGGGGCAUUGACAUUGAACCAGUGACUUUGGAGGUCGGCGAUUACAUCCUGACUCCAGAAAUGUGUGUGGAGCGCAAGAGUAUCAGCGACCUGAUCGGCUCUCUGAAUAACGGCCGGCUGUACAGCCAGUGCGUGUCCAUGGCGCGCUACUACAAGCGGCCGCUGCUCCUGAUCGAGUUCGACCCCAGUAAGCCCUUCUCGCUCACGCCCCGGGGUGCCUUCCACCAGGAGAUCUCAGGCAGCGAUGUCAGCUCCAAACUCACGCUGCUGACGCUGCACUUCCCCCGGCUCCGCCUCCUCUGGUGCCCCUCCCCACACGCCACUGCUGAGCUCUUCGAGGAGCUCAAGCAAAACCGGCCCCAGCCGGAUGCGGCUGCCGCCAUGGCCAUCUCAGCAGAUUCGGCCACCCUCCCCGAGUCGGAGAAGUACAACCCCGGGCCCCAGGACUUCUUGUUGAAAAUGCCAGGGAUCAGCGCCAAAAACUGCCGCGCCCUGAUGACCCACGUGAAGAACAUGGUGGAGCUGGCAACCUUAUCCCAAGAGAGGCUGACCGGUAUCCUGGGGAAUGCCGCAAACGCCAAGCAGCUUUACGAAUUCAUCCACACCUCCUACACCGAGGUGGUGGCCAAAGGGAAAAUGAAAAAAUGACCCGCGGAGCUGUGGUCCUGUCCCCAGACCGUGUCAGCCAGCGUGGUCAGUCACCAUCCGCCAGCCCUUCCUUUGCUUCCAGAGCUUGCCGUGCCCGUGUGCUCUGUUUCUUGGGUCAGUGUAACGGAAGCCCAGUGCCCACUCUGACGAUGGCAGCAUUUGAAGGCCGCAUCCUCUCCCUGAGGGGCUGCCUCGUCGCAGCAUCGUCAGCAUGGGGCUAAGUUUUGACAGGUGCUUGUGGAGGAUCGUUUUUGGAACAGGCAGCUGUGUGUGUUUGUCAGACAUUGCUGAAGCACACAACCACGUUCUCUCCCCUGCCUGCAGAGGGCACCCUGGAACGCAGAGAAGGAAGCCCCUCCUUGCAAUUCCUGCCCAGGCCUCCCCCCACCCUUCCCUCCUCCCCAUGUACCUUCUGCCAGAUGAUCUGCCUCCAAGGAAAGCUCGCAGGGACACGAGGACAUGACUCAUGGGUUUUCUCAAAACCAGUGCUUUUAAAACACAAUUCAUGACCUAUUUACACUAUUUGAGGGGUAGGUGAAGGAGCCCUUAAAUUCCCCAUUUCUGCAGAUAGCCAGCCUGGAAACCCAGCGAUCUAAACUCAGUGCAGAGGUAGAGCAUCUUUUAGGACUCUCUUGCCCCCACCCCCCAACCUUUCUCCCCAUGUCCUAAGACUACCAGCAUUGGGUCCCCUAGAAACAAUGCAAGCUCAUCCUCAUUCUCCCCAUCUCGCCCUCUCUCAGCAGGACAGAGAGCGUGAAUGAGCAAGUAAAAGGCCUGCCAAGCAUAGAAGGUUAGCCUCUUCCUUGAUUUGAGCUAAGUGUGACGUAAGCAAGUGAAAGAUCAACAAAUAAAACAUAUAAAAAGCUUC